AUUUUUUGAAGGAACAGCAACUUCAAGCCAAUAAAAAUGGUAUACAGUGAUGUUUAUAGUUGUUAUACAAGGAUGUGUUGUUUGUGUUAGAGUGUACUGUCUUGAUCGUGGAAAAUUUAAUAUUUGGAUAUGUUGUAUUCGGAUAAAGAAGGAUGGGGUGUAUCAAUAGUCGUGCAGAUAUCAAUGAUCUACAUCCAAAUAUUUUUCAAGUGAUAAAUGUUGAUGAUUCAGGUAAUUUAGUUACUCCAGGACGUUUAGAAAUUACAGAUACAGAUAUAAUUUUAUAUCAACGUGGCAAACAGCCUAUAAAAUGGCCAUUACGAUGUUUAAGACGAUACGGUCAUGAUGCAGAAAUCUUUAGCUUUGAGUCUGGUAGAAGAUGUUCUACCGGGCCUGGUAUUUAUGCCUUUAAAUGCCAUCGAGCAGCGUAUUUAUUUAAUCUUGUUCAAACAAAUAUCCAAGUAUGUAAUAAUAGUAUAGACGACACAAUAUCAAGAGAGCUUCCAGUCGCUGCUCAAACAGUUCCAUCUGUAACAAGAGUGACAAUACCAUUUGAACCUAAUUAUUUAGAUCCAAUGCCUACUAGAUUUAACAACCGCAUGGGUACUAGAUUUGUUCAUAAUGAACAAAAUGGAAUAGGAAGACUAAGUAGCGUUGGAAGUAGUAAUGGUCCUAUGUCACCUCAAGGAACUAUAAGCACUCCAUCCCCUCCUCCUAUUUUACCACCUCCACAACCACCACCACCACCACCACCAUCUACAAUUUCUCACUCACAUUCAUCCUCACUUUAUAUCAACGAAGAAAUAUUAUUAUCUAUUCCAUUGGAAAUGGAACACAAUAAUAAUAAAAGUCUUAGGAGAAUGGCACAAAGCAGUGGUACAAGUGGAUGGGAAAUGACAUCCAUAACUAAAAAUCAAGAAAUGUCAUGUAACAAUAGGCCAUUAUUAUCUUCAACAGUAUCCUACAUGAAUGUGGGUAUUAAUAAUGAAGUUAGUCCACUUUCACCAAAUCAUAAUAUUUUGGAUGCAACUACAUGUAUAGAAGAAAUUAAUGAAACAAAUGUUUCUGAACAUGCAUACAUGAAUAUAAGUCCUGGUAAUGAUCAAGCUGAUUCCGUUGCUGUUAGGGUACAUCCACUACCAUUGCCAGUUUUACAAUCUAAUUCAGAAGAUGGAUCAAGGCACUGUUAUGCUAAUUUAGAAUCAGCUGAAAUUGAAAGUUUAAAAAAAAGAUUUUCAGGAAUUUCUAUAUCUGAUAAAUCACCUUUACCUCCGUCGACACCUACAGGUAUUGCAAUUAGGGAAGUUAAUUAUGCUGUUUUGGAUUUGGAUAAGAAAGAUGAAUCAAUGAAUCCAUCAUUGGAUGGUGCAGUACAUUUGACACCAUCUCCCCCAGAGUCACCCAAUAAGAUACAGAAAGGAUAUGCUACAAUAGAUUUUAAUAAAACAGCUGCUCUCUGUCAUUCUGUUAAUCCUAAUCUUGUAAAUGAUAAUGAAGGUUCGCGAAAGACACGUCAUAAUUCCACAAUAAAUGACUUGUCUGCUUCUUGCAGACUUAGUUCAUCCAUUAGUGAGUAAUACAUUUAUUAUUUUAUUAUACUCACAUCAGAUUAUUCAUACACUUAUAUUGUUAUUAUGCAUAUGUAUAAAAUUUUUAAUCUUUCAUAAAAUAAUAAUUUGUUAGUUUUUUUCUUACUUUUUACAAUGUUUUAAAAUAUUGAUUAAGAGGCACUUUUAUAUAUAUUAUUUAGUAAAAUUUUUCUAAAUUCAGGCUUUUUAUAAUAUAAUAUUAUUUCAUUCAUAUUUUUUUUAUAUAUAAAUAUACAAGUUAUUUGGAUAGUUUCGAAUGUGGACAUGUGCAGCAUACAUGUAUCAGUUUAGUUUCCAAUAUCUGAUUCAUAAAUAUACAAUAAUUCAUUUUAUUAAUUACAGCAUUUAAAAGAUGUAGUUUUCUCUCUAAUGUAUUUUUAGAGAAAGGAAAUCUCCAGGAAAGAAUUUUAUACAAUAAUUAAAUAAGUUUAUAGAAUAUUACACAUAAAACGAUUUUUUACAUUAGAUAUUUUAAUAUGAUUAAUGUAGAGCUAUUGGAAGAUAAAGCAUCUUGAUUUUUUGUAUAUAUUUCCAAAAAUAAUGAGGCUGAUAUUAAAGUAUGAACUAAAUGAUAAUAUAGAACUAAUUCAGUGAUUAUUUAACAAACUUAUUGAUUUAGAUCAAGUUCGUACAUUGUUAACUCUGAAUUUUUUGUAAUUUGGUACACACUAGCAGAAUUCUUGUUAAUGUUACUUUUUUAAUAUUUGAAACUUAAUUAAUAUAUAACUGCUAGUCUUUCUUUAUAACAUUCUUUAUAACAUUUUUAUCAUAAAUUUAAUAAAUUAUCAUAAAUUCUUAUCAUAUUUAUAACAUUCUUAUCAUAAAAGAUAAUCUUUGCUUCCUCUAAAUUUAUCUUUAUUUCAAAAAUCUAUAAAAAAUCAGAAAGGAAUAUAAUAAUGUUACUUUUACUAAGACAGUCAUUUGACAUUUAAAACUAUAUGUAUACAAGUAUAUUUCAGUAGAAAAUGAUUAUAAUUCAUGCAAUAUUUAAAGUUCAUUUUAACAUUUAUCAGAAAUUAUUUAUAAAAGUGAUAUUCAAAUGUGAUAAAAGUAUAUAGAAUAUAAACUAUAUAGCACAUGUAUGUGUGAGUGUGAUAAAUUUUGAGGCAGUUAAGAUAGCAAUGUAAGUGAGGAUUUUACAUAAUUUAUAUCCAAAUAAGAUUUGUUGUGGCACAAAAUAAUAAUGACUAUUUUAUAACACUAUUAUAUAUACAUAUAUGUUGUAGAUAGAGUACAGCAAAACAUUUCUAGCUUAUCAAGACAGGCUUCUCUUUUCUUGAUUUUUUAAAUAUUUAUAUAUGUAUGCUAAAAUAGUAUGCCAUUGCAAAGAAAUAUUUAUUUAUAUAUGAUAUUGUUAAUUAAUAUUUAUGUUAUAAUUUUUAGUUAUUUUAUAUGUACUUUUUCCAGAAUAUAUUCUUAAUCUUCAUCUAAAUAUCAUGCAUAUGUAAAAAAAUAUAAGAAUAAGAUGCAAUUUAAGUGACUUUUUCUUCCAAUAGCUCCAAAUGUGUAGUAACAAAAAGUCAAUAUGUUUAAAAUAACAGAAGUUGAAUAUUUUUAAAAUUAAUUAUAUUACUAUGAGAGAGCACUACUUUCUGCGCUAUAGGUUCCCUGCGCAGCAGUCGAUCACUAGCUUCGACUUAUUUUUAUGUAACUAGAUCUUUUACAACGAGAUAAAUAUAUUGAAAAAGCUAUA